AUGUCUGUAUCAGUAAAUUUGACUGUUUACUAUGGCCCUGGUAAUGUUCGAUAUAUUGAGUUGGGGGUUGAUCUUAGCGAGUUUAAAAAUGGCGUCAUGACACUUUCAGACCCGGACAGAGUGGACAUUAGACAGUUGAAGCACUGGUUGACUACUAGUUUUGGGUUGGAUUCUGAAGUAUGUUCCGCCAGUAUUCAUGCAUUGUGGACCAAAUCCUGUAAAAAUGUCAAGUGGGAGUUGAUGCCGAUAGAUAGGAGCCAGCAUUGGUUGACCCUGUUAAGUCGUUGCCGAGACCGAAGAAUCCACCCAUAUGUCCUAGUGCAGCCAGUGGCGAAGGAGGAGAAUACCGUACAACUCCAUGUGGGGUAUGAACCCGGCCAGGGUAGUCGAGUUGCUAACGAGAUUCAUUUAUCCAGGUCACAGCCACCGGAUGUGGAUCCUAGCCAAACCGAGAAGGAUUCAGACUACAUGCUGGACAAUGUUUGUGGUUAUGAUACUGGGCAGAAUAUUCAGUCGAUAAUAUUAGCUGGUUCUGGUGUUGCUGAUGGGGAUGAGGAAGGCGAUGAAAUGCAGAGGGUGAUGGAGGAAGAGAACGAUGAUGGAUAUGCAGAGGAUCUGGAUUCUGAAAAUUCUGAGGAUGAAGUGGAGGUACGGAUUCCUUCUGCAUGGAAUCAGGACAUAUCCACCGGCUUUACUGUGAACGAUGGCCAUGAGACUCCAUGGCAAUAUAAUCUGAACCAAGUCCAGAUAGGGGCUAUGUUUGAUACAAAGAAAAAAUUGAAGUAUGCAGUGAUAAAGUGGGCUAUGUCUACUCAGAGGGUUUUCCGGACAGACAGAUCAAACCCAACAAACUAUACCAUGAAGUGUGUUGAAACAGGUUGUCCUGCGAAGGUGCACGGGCACGUGCCGAAGUAUAACAUCCACUGGGUUGUCACGAAUGUGGUCCCACAUAAUUGUGUGAGGAAAAACUUGUUGGUUCGUCAUCCAAACCUGACUUCAACUCUCAUUGCGCAAUUCAUGUAUACUGAGAUAGUGAAGAAAAAAGAUAUGGAAGCAAAACACAUUCAGACAGCAGUGAAGGUCAGAUGA